ACUAGGCUUUUAGCUCAUAAAAUUCCCCCCCCCCCAUUUUAGAUCAGUAGAUCGAGGUAGCAGCCUUUCAGUUUAGGAGCUUUUGGCACUGGACUCGCAUGCUCGUUUACCGGAGAAGAAAGAUGAGUCAAGGAGACAAUACUUCUACUCCUCCUCCUAAUGAUGACGUGAAUGCCUGAAUGGACAUAAUGCAAAAGGCCAUUACAGAUAUGAGUUCCAUCUUUAGGGAUUAUCUUCGACAUUAGAACAACAAUAAUGCCCCACAAAACACUGGUGGCAAUUCAUAGCAAACAGUGGACUCUAGGGAAGGAAAUGAGCAGUUGACAUUGGUGAAGCAAUUUCAGAACAUGAACCUGCCUAGCUUCAAGGGAGUUCCUGAUCUUGAUGUGGCUGAGUCUUGGGCUAAGAAAUUAGAAAAGAUGUUCAAGCUCCUAAAAUGUACUGACAAGUAAAAAAUGGAGCUGGUAGUGUUCACGUUAGAAGGUGAAGUUGAUGAUUGGUGGACAACUGCUCAAGAUGGGUUUUCUAAGAGAGGGGAGGAGGUUACAUGGGACAAGUUUGUUCAGGCCUUCUAUCAGAAAUAUUUUUCUGAAGCUGUGUUUGAAAGAAAAGAACGAGAGUUCAUGAAUUUGAAGCAAGAUGACAUGACAGUUGAUGAGUAUCAAGUUAAAUUCAGUUAUUUUAUGAAGUUUGCUCCUCACCUUGUUAAUGAUGAAGUUAGGAAGGCAAGGAAGUUUCAAAGAGGGUUGAAAGUUCCCAUUAGGAACAAGGUGGUUCCUCAAAUGCUAAAGACCUAUGAUGAGGUCUUGGCCACGGCUCAAAUAAUUGAGCAAGAUAUGGAAGAGCAAAAAAUGGAGACUCAUGACUCAAAAGGCAAGGGAAAGGCUAUCAACAACCAGCCUUUCAACAAGAAGCCUAAACAAAGGGGAAAAAGGAAGAUCCCCGAAAGCAAUAGACCAAGUUUUGAUUUUUGUAAGAGGUGUGGUAAGAACCAUGGGGGAAAAGAAUGUUAUUGGCAGACUGGGGCAUGUUUCAAGUGUGGGAAGACUGGCCACUUGAUCAAGGAUUGCUCGGUUUUGAAGGGAGCAAGUCAGCAACCAAAGGAUUACGAUAAUAAGAAGCCCAGGGUUCGAGGAAAAGUUUUUGCCAUCACAGGACAACAAGCUCAAAACACUCCUACAGUUAUAAAAGGUAAAAUACCUAUCUCUUUUGGGAAUAUCCAUGUGUUGAUUGACUUUGGAUCUACCCAAUCAUUUGUGUCACCUAAGUAUGUGCCAUUUUUACAUGUGAAGCCUGAGACCCUUGAUUGUGUGCUUGUGGUGAAUACUCCUUCUAAGGAGGUUUUAACAUCAAAAACCAUCUAUAGAUCCUAUAGAGUUAUGGUAGAGGGUAGAGUUUUGCUUGCCGAUCUGAUUUUGUUAGGAAUAGUGGAAUCUGAUGUCAUACUUGGUAUGGAUUGGUUGUCUACCCAUUAUGAUAUGGUUGAUUGUUAUGAGAAGGUGGUCACUUUUUCCACCCCUAAUCAGUUGAUGAUUUGGUUUGAAGGAGAAAAACUUCGAUCAUUUCCAUUACUUGUUUCUUACAUGCAAGCUGAUAAAAUGUUGCAGCAUGAAUGUUAUGGAUAUCUGGCAUAUGUUUUUGAGUCUAAAGAUAAGCCGGUGUCUGUAGAAGGAAUUUGGGUAGUGGGAGACUUCCCUGAUGUUUUUCCUAAGGAGUUGCUUGGGUCACCUCCAAAUAGGGAGAUUGAAUUCACUAUAGACCUUGUGCCUGGGUUCAUUAGACUCAGUACUUCUCCCUGGGGUGCUCUGGUUCUUUUUGUGAAAAAGAAAGAUGGCUCACUUAGUUUGUGCAUUGAUUAUAGACGGUUGAAUCAAGUCACCAUAAAAAACAAAUAUCCUUUGCCAAGGAUUGAUGAUUUAUUUGAUCAAUUACAAGGGGCUCGUGUCUUUUCCAAAAUUGAUCUUAGAUCGGGUUACUACCAGCUAAAGGUUAAACUCAAGGAUGUGAUGAAGAUUGCUUUUAGGAGCAGAUAUGGGCACUACGAGUUCCUGUUUGUCAUUGUCUUCAUUGAUGACAUUCUUAUCUUUUCUCCUGAUGAAGAGAGCCACAAGGAGCAUCUUGCCAUUGUAUUGCAUAUUUUGCGAGAAAAGAAGUUGUAUGCCAAGUUUGAUAAGUAUGAGUUUUGGCUGAAUCAGAUUAGCUUUCUGGGUCAUAUUGUCUCGAAGGAUGGCAUAUCAGUUGAUCUUAGUAAACUGGAAGCAGUUGUAAAGUGGGAAAGGCUGACUACUAUCACAAAAGUGAGGAGUUUUCUUGGAUUAGCAGGAUAUUAUAGAAGGUUUGUAGAGGGAUAUUCGAAGAUUUCUUGUCCGUUAACACAACUUACUCGUAAGAAUCAGAAGUUUGAAUGGAUAGAUAAAUGUGAGCAAAGCUUUCAAGAGUUGAAGAACAGAUUGGUCACAGCACCAAUUCUUCCUAUUCCUGACAAUGAAGGAAACUUUGUGGUAUAUACCGAUGCUUCUCACAAUGGCUUGGGUUGUGUACUUAAUGGGAAUCAAGAUGACAUCACAUGUACCACAUCAAGAGAUCCAUUACACAUUCCAGGAGGUCCAAUCACGAGAGCUAAAGCUGGGAAGAUGCGAAAAGCUUUAAAUGGCCUUAUUGAGCAGAUCUGGGUUGAUAACAACAUACAACAAGCAAAUCGAAGCUUGGAUGAUUAUCAAGGCAUGGAAAACAUCAUUCAGGUUUCAAUCAUGUCAAGUGGUGAUGAUAGAAAACACCAAGUGGAUGGUUCCUUCGUGCUCAAAGCUAUGCAACAACAAUUUCAAAGGCUAGACAUCAUGUUUGGUGAAAUUAAAGACAAAAUGGAGAAGCAAGAUGCAGCCAUUGCCAAGUUAUACCAAAUACAUAAUGGAAGUCCAAAUUUGCAUAAUCACGAUCUUGAUGACAAUGAUGAAGAUGCAUUCAACGAUGACGCCCAGAACUCAAAUUUCAGCAUGGACAGAUUUAUGAGUGGUAGAGGGGGUCAAAGAUAUAGAUUUAAUAAAAGAAACCAAAAUCUGGCAAGGUGGGGAGAUCGGCAAGAUCAUGACUUAGGCAGCAUCAAGAUGAAGAUUCCUCCAUUUCAAGGCAAAAAUGAUCUAGAUGUGUAUUUGGAGUGGGAAAAAAAGGACUUCAAGGAUGUGUUUCCAAAUGAUGUUCCUAAUGGUUUACCACAAAUAAGAGGAAUCGAGCAUCAAAUUGACUUCAUUCUUAGUGCAACAAUUCCAAACCGACCAGCAUAUCGAAGCAAUCCCAAUGAGACAAAAGAACUUCAAAGGCAGGUCGAAGAACUCAUGAAAAAGGUACAUGUGAGAGAAAACACGAGUCUAUGUGCAGUUCUAGUGCUACUUGUGCCUAAAAAGGGUGGGACUUGGCGUAUGUGUGUUGAUUGUCGUGCGAUCAACAAAAUCACUGUAAAGUAUCAUCACCCUAUUCCUAGAUUAGAUGACAUGUUAGAUGAGUUGCAUGGUUCUUGCAUAUUCUUUAAAAUUGAUUUAAAGAGUGGAUAUCAUCAUAUUAGAAUGAAGGAAUGUGAUGAAUGGAAAACAGCCUUUAAAACAAAACAUGGUUUAUAUGAGUGCAAGAGUUUAACUGAUCAUAUUGAGCAUUUGCAAAUGGUACUUGAGGUUCUAAGAAAAGAAAAGUUGUUUGCUAACCUUAAAAAGUAUUCCUUUUGCACAAAUCAGAUUGUCUUUUUAGGGUAUUUUGUUGCAGCUAAUGGACAAACAAAAGUGGUUAAUAGGACGUUGUCAACCUUAUGGCGAUCUAUUAUUCAGAAGAACAUGGAGAAUUGGGAAGAGUGUUUGCUGCACGUUGAAUUUGCUUAUAACCGGAGCAUCCAUUCAGCAACUAACUGCUUGCCAUUUGAGGUUGCGUAUGGUUUUAAUCCACUCACUUCUUUGGAUUUAUUGCCAUUACCUAUUGAUGAACAAGCUAGUUUGGAUGAGAAAAAGAAAGCUGAAGUGGUUAAGCAACUACAUGAGAGGAAGGAGCAAUUCCCUGCACAAAGGUGUUCUAAGUUGCAACCAAGCAGUGAUGGACCAUUUCAAGUGAUUGCAAGGAUAAACGACAACGCAUACAAGUUGGAGCUUCUUGGUGACGAUUUGAGGACAAAUCCUUUUGAGGAGAGAGGGAAUGAUGGGAAUCAAGAUGACCCCACAUGUACCACAUCAAGAGAUCCAUUACACAUUCCAACAGAUCUGGGUUGAUAACAACAUACAACAAGCAAAUCAAAGCUUGGAUGAUUA